CCGGGUCCCUCUCCCGGGAGCGGCGGCCGACGCGCGGCUCCCACCCCCCUCACGGGCAGUCCCCUCCGGGUGGUGGCCUGACCUCGGCAAGGCGAUGGCCCGGGCCCCGAGCGUGCUUGGGUGCCCGGCCAGGGGCUGUAUCGGCUCUCGGAGCCCGGCGGCUCAGGCAUUUCUGGGGACCACCAGCUGUCUGAGGCUCAGGGACAGAGACGGCUGCUCCAGCUAAAGUGGCCUCGGACCCCGCGUGGGCUGUGGAGUGGAUUGAACUUCCGCGUGGCCUCUCUCUAUCCUCUUUGGGAUCUGCUCGGACCCUCCGAGGCUGGAGCCGGUCCUCCCGACCUUCCUCCGUGGACAGCCAGGACUUGCCAGAGGUGAAUGUUGGAGACACAGUCGCAAUGCUGCCCAAGUCCCGGAGAGCCCUAACCAUCCAGGAGAUUGCCGCGCUGGCCAGAUCUUCCCUGCACGGUAUUUCCCAGGUGGUAAAGGACCACGUGACCAAGCCCACGGCCAUGGCCCAAGGCCGGGUGGCUCACCUCAUUGAGUGGAAGGGCUGGAGCAAGCCCAGUGAUUCACCUGCUGCGCUCGAAUCGGCUUUUUCGUCUUAUUCGGACCUCAGUGAGGGUGAACAGGAGGCUCGCUUUGCAGCAGGAGUGGCUGAGCAGUUUGCCAUUGCAGAAGCCAAGCUCCGAGCGUGGUCAUCAGUGGAUGGCGAUGAUUCCACAGAUGAGUCCUAUGAUGAGGACUUCCCUGGGGGAACUGAAGCAGACCUGGCUGGGCAGCUGCCUCUGGGGCCCCACCUCCAGGACCUCUUCACUGGUCGCCGAUUCUCCCGGCCUGUGCGCCAGGGCUCCGUGGAGCCUGAGAGCGACUGCUCGCAGACCGUGUCCCCAGACACCCUGUGCUCUAGCCUGUGCAGCCUGGAGGAUGGGUUGCUGGGCUCCCCAGCCCGGCUGACCUCCCAGCUGCUGGGUGACGAGCUGCUCCUCGCCAAACUGCCCCCCAGCCGGGAAAGUGCCUUCCGCAGCCUGGGUCCUCUGGAGGCCCAGGACUCGCUCUACAGCUCGCCCCUCACGGAGGCCUGUCUUUCCCCUGCCGAGGAGGAGCUGGACCCUUGCAAGGACUGCCAGCCGCCCUGCCCUCCUCCUGGGGGCAGCUGGGAACGGCAGCGGCAAGCCUCUGACGUGGCCUCUUCUGGGGUGGUAUCCUUAGACGAGGAUGAGGUGGAGCCUGAGGAACAGUGACCCACAUCCUGCCUGUUAAUGGCCUGCGCCCCCUGGCCACCACUGGGGGCCAAGCCUGUGUGCCCAGAUGUGGGCUCAGGGCGCUUAGCCAGCUCCACAGCUAGAGGGCUCCUGGGAGCACUCACUUCUCCAUUGUGUGUUUUGCAUGAAAGUGUUUGGAGAGGAGGCAGAGGCCGGGCUGGGGGCGCAUGUCCUGCCCCCACGCCUAGGGCUUGCCGGGGUGUGCCCGGGGCCCCUGGGGCAUGGCUACAGCUGUGGCACAGUGAUGUUCAUGUUCUUCAGUCCAAAACUUGCCACAUUUCCUCCUCAGAUGACGUGAACCCCUGAGGGGUCGUCGUGUCUGGGCUGGGGGGUGAAGUAGGCGGGAUCUGUCCGCCUCCUCCCCUCCCCAUGCCUCUCUGCUUCUGUCCUGACCUCUGAGUCCAUGUGCAGUGCUUGAUAGAACCACCUCCCGCUGGGGGGCUGGCUCCUGCCUGCCCGGAGCCCACUGAUCGAGCCGUCCCCUACGGGCCCCUGCCCUGCGGGGCUCGUGCUGUGCUUCACUUCAUUGUCUCUAAAUCUUUUUUCCCAAAGACAGAGGGUUUCUGGUCUGUUCUUUUAGUUGGAUCUUCUGUAGGAGGCACUGGGAGGAUGAAUGUAUUUCCUGGCUUCUCCAGGGCUAGGCUGCAAGGUGGAGCCUUGGGUUUCUUCUGAGGUGUGGCUUCGAUGUUCUUCUGGAGAGGGCCACAAGGGGGCCACCGGAUGGCUGGGAAGUUGUCAGCUGACGCCUGUGCCAGGCCAGAAUUGUGCCACUGAGUGACAGUCAUGAGGGAGGAAGGAGGGUAGUGUCUUUGUUGGCUGUGGUUACAGUAGUGUUAAUGACCAGGCAGUGGUGGCCUAUGGCGUUGUGCAUUUUGAGGACACUGGACUCUCAUUGGCAUGGCUGUGGGUGGGAUAGGCAGUGGCAGGUAAGCGGACCCAAGGUAAGAACGAGAGUCGGUGGGCACAAGCAUUGUAUAUAUAAGUGGCUCAUUAGGUGUUUAUUUUGUUCUAUUUAAGAAUUUGUUUUAUUAAAUUAAUAUAAAAAUC